AUGCAUUGCGUCGCGUCCGUGCCAACGACGGGACUCACUUUCGGGAGCUCGCCAGUGCCCUGCGUUCCAUGGCUGCUGUUCAAUGGCACGGAGGGGGGCAUCACCCUCCCUCCAGUCAGCGACCAGGUCUGCACGUCCAGUUUCAUGGCGCGGCUGCUCAAGAUUGGCGUCGCGCGGCGGACAGAGUGCUCGGUUUGCUUCAAGAUGGUCAAGACCAAGGACAACCCGAGCCAGCUGCCGUGCAUCCACUUUCUGUGCACGGACUGCCUGAAGAAGCUCUACCAGCUGGACAAGAAGGGCCUGGGCUGCCCAUCGUGCAAGACCCACUUUCCCAACUACGUGCUGACGGCACAUUCGGCAGUGCCGGGAGGAGUGGCGCUCUGCGAGUGGUGUUAG